UAACGUGCAGGGGGUUACGGGCGUAAGCAGGGCAGGGGAAAAGCACCGCAAGAAAAGUGCGGGGCUCGUCCUCGAUGCUGGAGUAAAGGCUGACCUUAAUGUGGCAUAAAACAGAAGAAGGCUCGUUACAGGGAAUGCCAGUGUAACGAAUGUCUUAAACCGGGGAGGGGGGGCAUUGCGUUAGCUUUUACAAGGGUUUAAUACUGGGUUCAGUGAAUUUAUUACCCGGGUCCAGAGAUGAGGUGGCUCCUACCGUGGAUUUUGAUAGCAGCAAGCGUACAUCAGGCUCCCUGCCAGGGCCCCAUUGCCACAACGACCGCACCACCUCUCCUGACCGUAACGGAGACAUACAACCGCACCCAGUACUGUAAGUGGCCCUGCCAGUGCCCCAAGACGCCCCCUCGGUGCCCCCCAGGCGUCAGCCUGCUCAUAGAUGGGUGCGACUGCUGCAGGACCUGUGCAAAGCAGGUCGGCGAGACGUGCAACGAGGCCAACACCUGCGACUAUCACAAGGGCCUGUACUGCGACUACAGCUCUGACAAGCCUAGCUGUAGUCAUUCAGCAAAGCCUGUUCUGACUGAGAGGAUGUGCCCCACCCCUGCAGACAUAGUGGGAACUGGCUGCAAGCACGACGGCGUGAUCUACCGCAACGGUCAGAGCUUCCAGCCCAGCUGCAAAUACCGCUGCCUGUGCGUGAACGGCGCCAUUGGCUGCGUGACGCUGUGCUCCGACUCGCAGCCGCCACUGGUUUGGUGCCAGGCCCCGCGACGCGUCAAGCUCCCGGGUCGCUGCUGUGAACAGUGGAUCUGCGACGAGGCCCGACGGACGCGUAAGGCCUCCCCCAGGCACGCUCUGGAUGUGUUCCCAGACGACAGUGAGGUCUGGCAGAAGAACUGCGUGUCCCAGACCACAUCCUGGAGUCCCUGUUCCAAGACGUGCGGCCGAGGGCUGUCCACACGGAUCUCCAACGCCAACGACCAGUGCGAGAUGGUGCAGGAGGCGAGACUGUGCACCAUCCGGCCGUGCGAGGUCGACAUCACCAAGCACAUCAAGCUGGGAAAAAAAUGUCUCAACAUAUACAUGGAGGAACAGCCACAGAACUUCACCCUCUCGGGUUGCACCAGCACGAAGGCGUACCGGCCCAAAUACUGCGGGGUCUGCAAGGACGAGCGCUGCUGCAUCCCCUACAAGUCCAGGACGGUGGAGGUGGAGUUCCGGUGCCCCAACGGGGCCGUCUUCUCCUGGCAGCACAUGUGGAUUAAUGCCUGUUUCUGCAACCUCAGCUGUAAGAACCCCAACGAUAUCUUCGAUGAGCUGGAGCGCUACUAUGAUUACCUUGAGGUGGUGAACUGAUGGGCUGGUCUUUUCCCAGGACCGGGCUGCACAAUAUUACCUUAUCGCCUUUUGGAACUUUCUAGAACUUUCUUUCUGAAGGGUCCUAAAAGCGGUAGUAGCAAAGCUUCCUGACACUUUAUUUUUUAAAGUUAAUUGAAAUCAGUUAACGAGCCACAAAUUUUUGAAAGGAAAGGGAAUUUCCUUACCAUUUUUAGAGGCAUAAAAUUUGUAAAGGGUCUCAGCGGCCAUCUUUUUUCCUAUUGGAAAAUAUUAUUCUUAAUAUGCAGGUAUAAAGGGAUUUAAUUGAACAACAUUGUCCGUAGCUGGAUAUGAUGUUUGCCCUUAUCGCGACCCAUGUUUGUAUGCGUGCCUCUCUCAUUUCGCUGUGGGAUGCAUGGUUAGGCGGUAACCUUGGAUGCCUUGAGGGCUCAGCCGCCCCAGGUACGCUUGCACUCUUGGGCGUGGUGAGAACUCCGUGAAAUCGGAGCGUACCGAACUCGUGACAAAUCGAUGAUGAUAUUGCACAGCAUCUCUCAGUUCCCCUGUGGGAGCUUGUAUGCCCAUUCAAUUCUCUUGAUAUUUAUUUAUCUAUUAUGACCAUUAUUAGAUGAUUAAUACACAAAUAACCUUCCUAGAUGCUUGUAUCAGUCAAGUAUUAAGGUUUUAUUAAUUUCUUAUAUUCGGAGUUGAAUAGAAUUGCUUGUCUCGAAAAACUGUCAUUAAAAAUCGUGUUUUUGCAAAUUCCUAUCGGGGACUUGAGUGGUUUAACUAUAUAAAUAAAACGUGAAAAGCAGCAAA